UCAACGUAUUCAUCAUUAAGGAGAUGCAAUGUCAGGGACCACGUGUCCCCAUCACUUCCAAGGCAACAGGAAGACACACAAAUGCACAGCACAGGGCAGGAGUGUAUGCUGAUGGAGAGGAUGCCAGUCAAUGUGAGAUGGGUCUAAGUCUGGUGGAAGGGAAAGAACCCCAGAUUCCUGUCAAGUUCGGGCUGCCAGGUUAUCCCCCUCUUCCCUCCUCACCCCGUCUCCUGCAUGCCUUCCUGAGGCAGUGGGCUGGCCCCUGAGCCGGCCAUCUUUCUGCCCUACACAAUUUAUUUUCCAAUCCUGUCACUUUCGUGUAAAAAGCUCUCUGCAUGAUGAUGAGGACAGACUGGGCAGCCUUACAGACAAACAGGUCCCCAGGGAAGGAAGGUUCCCCCAUUUGUGGGAAGCGAGGAGCUAAGCUGUAUUGGAAGGGGGGCAAUUCAAACAUGAGAAAGAGUUGUCAGAAUAGUGUGUCCAGUGUCUCUUGCUGCAACAACAUGAGUGGGAGCAGCAGGUGCCGGGCUCACAGCGGAACUUCUCGGAUCGCUUUAAGAAAAUGGCAGACAAGCCAGACAUGGGGGAAAUCGCCAGCUUCGACAAGGCCAAGCUGAAGAAAAUGGAGACGCAGGAGAACACCCUGCCAACCAAAGAGACCAUUGAGCAGGAGAAGCAGAGUGAGAUUUCCUAGAACCUAUAGGAUUCCCCACCCCUGUCAUCUUCGAGACACCCCAGUCGUGAUGUGGAGGAAGAGCCACCCGCAAGAUGGACACGAGCAACAGGCUGCACCGUGAACCUGGGCACUCCAUGCCGACACCACCGGCCUUGUGGGUUUCUGAGGGGACCUCCCUCAGUCGGACUGCCAAAUUCUCCAGU